AUGGCCGACCCUUCAUUGCUUGCGGUAAUGCUCCUCAUCCUCUUCGCAGAAUCACUGCUGUAUGGAGCAUUCUGCGUGCUUUUUCUCAUCUCGAUGUCUGUCCUCGUAUACCGACGGCGUCGCGAUGGGCGCUCGUGGGUUAGCAUAUGGAUGUCCGCGAUCGUCACGACUAUGUUCAUUCUGGCCGGGGUGUACCUCGCGCUUGACAUUCGCCACUUGAAGGUAGCCUUUGUCGACCACAGCGCAACGCUUGGCGGACCCUUGGCAUACUUGCAACAACAAGGGAGUGACCCAUUCCGCAAUGUGCACCCCUACAUCUUCGGGCUCAUGACCCUCAUGGGUGACGGAUUCAUGAUAUACCGCGUCUUCGUUGUCUGGAACUGUCAACUGAUUUCUCUGGUGGUACCCGCCCUCCUUCUGCUGGGUGAUAUGAUUGCUGGCGGUAUCGCCGGCCUUGCGCUAAUAAAAGGCUCGCGGACCUAUUACUCCAUCACGGCACCGGGGGCUCGCACACAACUCAUCGCUUACUUGUCUAUGACCCUCCUGACAAACAUAAUAACCACAUCACUACUUCUCGGGCGUCUUUGGUGGCAUGACAGGACUACCAAAAAGUAUCUCUCUGAAGACGCAUACGACUCCGUGCCCUGGAAGGUCAUGAAAACCAUCGUGCAGUCCCAAGCCGCCUACUCUGCCGGCGUGGUUUUCAACCUUGCUACAUACGCUGCUCGUUCCAACCUAGUGCUCGUCACCAAUGCUAUCCUACCGCCCCUCAUCGGCAUAUCCUUCACGAUCAUCAUCACCCGGAUCGGACUCAGUGAGGUGCUAGGGGACACGACCAAUAUCAGACCAGCAUCGAGUCUUGCCUUUGGCAACAGUGCUGCAACCCGUAGCGACCCUGAACUAGCACCACCAAAUGUCGCUGUGACCACGCGGACCGGAUACGUCGAAGAAGAUGAGAGCGAGACGCGGGUAUUGAGUUGA